AUGAGCUCCCCCUUCUCCAUCAAUGGUGGCGCCUGCGUAGCGAUGGUAGGCAAGGACUGCGUAGCCAUAGCAUGCGAUCUCCGACUCGGACUCCAAGCCCUCACCGUAUCCAACAACUUCCCCAAGAUCUUCUCAUACGGCGACGUCUAUCUGGGUCUCACCGGUCUCGCCACAGACGUAUCGACCGUCAGCGACCUCUUCCGUUAUAAAGUAAACAUGUACCGGCUCCGCGAGGAACGCAACAUCUCGCCUAGCACAAUGGCAAACCUAGUGUCCAGUUCGCUGUACGAGAAGAGAUUCGGUCCAUACUUCGUAAGCCCGGUUGUUGCGGGGAUCGACCAGAAGAGUGGGAAGCCGUUUAUUUGCGGAUUUGAUAGUAUCGGCUGUAUCGAUUUUGCAAAGGAUUUUAUUGUCAGCGGAACGGCGAGUGAUCAGCUUUUUGGUACUUGUGAAGGUCUAUGGGAACCAGAUUUGGGACCAGAGGACCUCUUCGAGACUAUUUCGCAGGCACUUUUGAACGCAGUUGACAGAGAUGCGCUAUCAGGUUGGGGAGCUCACGUUUAUGUUAUCGAGAAAGACAAGGUCACCAAGCGGUUAUUAAAGGGUAGACAGGAUUAA